CAAUAGUAUCUCCAUCUUGGUGGGGUGAUGAUGCUACUGGAGUGUUGACUGUGUACUGUAAUAGACAAUACAAAGUUAAGAAGCUUUACCCACAAUCCAGUUUUACUCAUGUGUAAAGGAAAUGGGGAUGUGAUUACAGUACAGUCCAGAUCAUUGAGCUGAUCUGGUGUACAUACCAUGGCUGCAUUAGCAGCUGUACAAUUCCACCCAAUUCAUAGAAAGCGGUGGCCUGAAUUGGGUUCCACCAAAUUUCCCUCUGCUCACAACAAGGAAUUUUCUAGCCUAAAUCUUGUUAGUUCUAGAGGUGUUAUCUCUGCCAAACUAGUGGAACAAGCAAGCCUUACACAAUCCCGACAAUAUAGGAUGUCAAGCACUUUUGUGAAUUCCUUCCCUAAUACUGUGGUGGCCGAUAAAGGAAAAUUGGAGGAAGCUUUGCAAAUUUUCAAAUUCAUGAGGCGGCAAGGAAUUGUAUUGGACUCCAAUGCGUAUGCUUGUCUCGUGCAGUACUGUGUGAGCAUGAAAGCUCUGGUCUUGGGCAUGGCCGUGCAUGCCCAUUUCAUUAAAAUGGGUUGCAAGCCAAGUAUAUAUCUAAGAAACUAUCUUGUUAACUUGUAUGCCAAAUGCCAUUGUAUAGAUAUUGCACGCCAAGUGUUUGACGAAAUGCCAAGGAGAAAUUUGGUCUCAUGGAACAUAAUGAUUGCGGGUUAUGCACAAAAUGGGUACAACGAGAACGCGCUGAGAAUGUUUUGUGAAUUGUGUUCCACAGGUUUGGAAAUCAGUAAGACCACUUUUGUUAGCGUUCUCAGGGCAUGUGCCAGCUUAGGCUCUCUGGAAUGGGGUAAAGAGGUCCAUGCCUACAGUGUCAAAUUAGGUAUUGUAUCAAAUGUUUCGGUAGGAAAUACUCUUAUUACCAUGUAUGCCAAAUGUGACAAAGUAGAAGAUUGUCUCAAAGUAUUUUACAGUAUGGCUGAAAGAAACGUUGUCUCAUGGAAUGCAAUAAUUGCAGCAAAUGCACAGAAUUCCUUCUAUAACGAAGCCCUUGAACUUUGUUGCCAAAUGAUACAGUUGCAAACUCCUGAUGUGAAGCUGGAUGAGUUCACCUUCAGCUGUAUGCUCAUGGCAUGUGCCAGUCUGGAUGCUUUGGCAAAUGGCAAAGAGGUCCAUGCGCAUAUCAUCAGAAGUGGGUUUGAGUUGGAUGCUUUUGUUGGGAAUGCCCUUGUUGACAUGUAUGCAAAAUGUGGAAGCAUAGAACACGCACGCAGUGUAUUUGAUGCAAUUCCUGAACAUAACAUUGUCUCAUGGAAUGCAAUGAUUGCUGGGUAUGCACAAUGUGGUCAUGUAGAGGAGGUCCUGGAACUAUAUUGCCAGAUGAACCCAGCAUGUAUAAAGCCAAAUCCAUUUACGUUUUCAAGCGUAUUUAAGGUAUUGGGCAGUCACACAAGUUUGUUGGAGGGAAAGCAAUUCCAUGCACACAUUGUCAAAGCUGGAUUUGGGUUAAAUGUCUCUGUUGGAAAUGCUCUAGUUACCAUGUAUGCAAAUUGCAAAAUUCUUAACGAUGCGCAUAAAGUCUUUGAGAAAAUUUCAGAAAGAGAUGUAAUCUCUUGGAAUGCGCUAAUUGCAGGUUACCUGCAAAAUGGGCAGGGCAAUGAAGCCCUAGAAAUCUUCAGAGACAUGCAACAGGAAGGUAUGAAACCAACUCACUUCAGCUUCAUAAGUGUCUUAGGUGCAUGUUCUUGCAUAGCAGAUCUGAAAGUGGGCAGAAAUAUCCAUGCAAACAUCAUCAAAAUGGGAUGUGAGUCACAUGCAUUAAUCGGUGGUGCCCUGAUUGAUAUGUAUGCAAAAUGUGGUAGCUUGGAAGAUGCAGAACGAUUGUUUGAUAGAGUACAUGAAGGAGAUGUGGUCUCUUGUAAUGCUAUGCUUGUAGGAUAUUGUCAGAAUGGAUGUAGUGAUAAGGCUUUCGAUUUGUUUAGUCAGAUGCAGCAAAAAGGUAUUGAACCAGAUAACUACACAUUUGCUACUCUCAUUGGGGCAGUUGCAGAUAUGGAAUCCUUGGAGCCUGGGAGACAACUUCAUGGUUACAUCCUCAAAUCUGGGUUCAAGAUAGAUAUCGCUGUAGGGAAUUCCCUUCUCACAAUGUAUGCCAAAUGUGGAAACAUAGAUGACGCACACAUGACUUUUGAGAAAAUGCCUGAACGAAAUGUUAUUUCGUGGACCUCAAUGAUUGCAGGAUAUGCCCAGCAUGGCUAUGGCAAGAAAGCUUUGCUACUUUUUGAAACAAUGCAACAGACAAAUAUCAAACCCAACCGCAUCACAUUUGUGGGUGUUCUCUCUGCAUGCAGCCAUAUUGGUUUAGUUAAAGAAGGUUAUUAUUACUUCAAUUCUAUGACUCAGGACCAUGGCAUCAUACCAGAAAUGGAGCACUAUGCUUGUAUGGUUGAUCUUCUUGGUCGUGCUGGACUACUAGAUGAAGCAAAGAACUUCAUUGAUCAAAUGCCAAUUGAACCUAGUGCCUUGGUUUGGCAGAUCUUGCUUGGUGCCUGCAAAACUCAUCAAAAUGUGGAGCUAGGACAAUAUGCAGCAGAAUGUAGUCUUGCAUUAGAGCCACAAGAUGCAACAACAUAUGUGUUGCUUUCAAACAUCUAUGCUGCAGUUGGUAAGUGGGAUCAUGUAGCAAAGGUGAGAAAAUUGAUGAGAGACAAUCAAGUGAAAAAGGAGGCAGGAUGUAGCUGGAUCAAUGUAAAUGGGAGAUUGCAUACAUUUGUUGCGAGUGACAGAUUCCACCCACGAACAGAUGAAAUCUAUGCAAAAUUAGAGGAAUUGACUGACCAAUUAAAAGUGACAGGAUAUGUGCCUGAUACCAACUUUGUACUGCAAAAUGUAGAAGAUGAACAGAAGAAACAAUUAAUUUGCUAUCAUAGUGAAAGAUUAGCUAUUUCCUUGGGGCUUAUCAGUACACCCUCAGGCACAAGUUUGCGAAUCUUCAAGAAUCUUCGGGUGUGUGGUGACUGUCACACCUCCACCAAACUAAUCUCAAAGAUUACACGACGAGAAAUUAUUGUAAGGGAUGCUAACAGAUUUCAUCAUUUCAAGGGUGGUCUAUGUUCUUGUUCGGAUUAUUGGUAAUGCUUGGCUAAACUAGUAACAAAUCUACAAGUUUGGUUGGUAUAGCCUGAUAUAUAUGAGUGCACUGACAUAAUGUUAAGUUCCAAGUGCAGUUUCAUGUAUAUAUUUUGGCAUUCAACCUUCUACCAGAAUUGUGAAAUGUAUAUUACAAAAUGUAAUAUCAUGUUUACUCUUUUUGGAAAUAAUAUUUGUGCUUUUGCAUGAA